AUGUCCUAUCUUUGCUGUCGAUUAGAUUCUUAUGAGAAUCCGUUCAAAUUAAUGGUAGCCAAGGGGAGCAAAUGCCAACUGUCCAAAGACCUCAAAGCUGUGUAUGACAAUCUGGGCAACUCUGGCAUUGUGAGUCUGUAUGUGAACAAGUGGAUAUAUGUCAGCUUUUGUUUACCUCACAAGGUGCACAACAUUUUACAGCCUGAGCUGAAAAUAGAGCCUGAAGCCAUUCAAAAGUGCAUUGAAGCUCUAAGGCCCUAUCACGGAUUACUUCUUAUGGUGCCGGAGAGACAGUUACUAGAAUCUUUACCUCCAGACUGCAGUCCAGCAAUGGUCAGGUUUAUAAAGGCUGUGUCUCCGUUGAAGCGGCUACAGACGCUGGCAGCAGAUGCUGAUCUGCCGCUUGGACAGGUGUUCCACCUGUCCAGUCAUCUUGUGUAUUGGGCCANCAAAUUUUUUUUUUGA